GAGAGAGUGUAUAUGUAUUCACUAGAUCAAUUUCAGUAUAUUCUUUAAGUUACUAUCUUACCCACAAAAUAUGAACAUGUUAAAUUUUUAUAUACGUGUGUGUGUGUGUGUGUGUGUGUGUGUGUAAAAAUAUUGGUUUCCUGAGCAUUGGAGAAAAAGUAUAAUGGAAAUAUUACUAACACUUUUUUCUGUGGUUUUGCUACAGAAUUGCAUUAUGAUGUAAAUAAUAUGUAGUUCCAUGAGUUAUGGUUCUACCUGUUGCCAAGCGACAAAGGCUCUUUUGGUGUUUUUUAUGAUGAUGUCCUAUUUCUAUACUGGCCUAUCUCCCUUUCAGCAGAAAAAAAAAUUACCUUAAGAUUUUUUUUAAAUGACUAACAUUUAGAAAAGUGAAUUAAUAAUUUUAUGGUAGAUUAAUCUUCCAUUACUAGAAAUAUGGGCUUUUAAUAGUUAACGGGUAAAGAAUUAUCACAGGAAUUCAAUUCUUAAUCCUCAAGAAUUAUGAGACAAUACAUGGAUAUGGAGGUUAAGAACAUGCCUGGAAAGAUAAGUAUCCCUAAAAGUUUUGCCUUCUCAGAAGGAAAGGCUAUUGAGCAUCCAGAUUACCCACACUACAGUAGUGUCUUACAGAAAAUGAACAUGCCCUUUGUGAAAGGACUUGAAGACAGACAUAACUGUGACAGAUUUGAAAAGAAAUGCAACCCUUCGUUUUUAAAAUUUCAUCCUUAUCCUCCAUCAGUCCUGCCAGACUAUCAUUUUCACUACCCCUAUCCCCCACCAUUCGGGAAGGCAUAUCCAUUAUUCCCACUGCGUGAUGAUGUGCCCUUGGGUGACGCCUGCUCAGGAUUUAUGAGUCCUGGUGGAGAUGCUGAUUUAAAGCCUGGUGUUGGCAGAGCCAUACCAAACCUGGUGAGUUUCUAUGAUGUGAAACCUCAAAAUCGAGUUCCUAGGCCAGACAAAGGAUUUCAAACAACAAUAAAAAGGCAAACAAUACUUUCAGAAGAACUAAAACAGGACAGAAGAUGGAAUUCCAGGAAAGUACCAGACAUUUCCAUCAAGGCAAAACUUGGAGGUUGGACAAGCCCACUGAAAGUUACUCCUGUACCAAUUCAUGAACACGAAGUAGGCACAUUAAGUCGCAUAUAUACCUUUGACGAGGAGCCAACAAGUACAGAUGAUAGUGAACCACUUGUCCAGCUAGACAAGAAAUAUAACAUAAAGGAUUCAUUUUACAAAUCCUCAACACAGAAAGCUUAUGAAGAUGUCCCUUGGGACAAGAUACUACCACCAAAACUUGAUCCAGAAGAAACAACUGUGGAAAAAGCUUCCGACCGCAUCUCACAGUGUUUUUCACUGAAAAGAUAUGAAAGACUACCAGCCAUAACCCAGAUGGUCGGAGGACUCUGGGACAGAUUUCAGACGAGAUUGUUCUCAGCGCCAGCCAAACCAAUCAAUUUUGUGAGUCCAAGUACUAGGAGUAAAUACAUUCCUCUAUAUACCGGUCACGUGCAGAGCACAAACGCUGACGAUGUGGACAACCCCUACGGAGAUAUCAAGUCUGUGGCCAAUCCUCGGCACUCUAAACUGCACUACACAAACACAAGCCGGUCUGCGAAUAUCCCAGGAUAUACUGGCAAGGUUCAUUUCACAGCCACCCACCCAACAAAUUCUAAUAUUCCAUCAACAACGCCAGCAGAUUCCGAGAUGAACCGCCUCUUACUACAAGAAAUGAGAGUUGACCGCUUCCGUCACCAGGGCCCAUUGUCCCAAAUGGUGACAACUGUGAAGCCCUACAACCCUUUCAACAAGAAGGAAAAAGAAACCAUUGAGUACUGAAAGAGACCACACCCCUGAGAGACUUCUCAGUCCAGCUGGGGGAAGGCUCUGUGCACAGUGAUGGAGAACAAACAAGAACACAG